AUGGCACGCGUUUCAGCGGCAUCGCGCAAGAAGAAGCCACUUUUCCGAUUGCUUUCGCUGAUGGCACUGUCCUGGGCGUGCUUGCAGACAGCGCAGCCGUUGUGGGCUCUGGCUGGGCCAAUUGUGAGCUGCUCAUCGCGAUCUUCGUCUUCGACAUCUUCAAGCAUAUCGACAGGUCCUCAUCGUCAACUUCGUCCUCUUCGAGUGUCUCCUCGCCGAGCUCUUCCGGAGGUGGAGGAGCCUUCGGGGGACGACGAAGAUCAGGAGCAGGCCGCCUCUGCGCAGACCACAGACUUGGUCGAAGAUGCCACGAAGGCCUCCGAGUCUGCUGUUGGUAUGCGCUUCUGCUCCUGGACCAUUGCAGAUUGUGGACGAGCUUCGGAGCCUUCGGAAAGUGAGGACGACAAAGAUAAGAUUGUGGCCUCUGCCCGGGACGAGCAGCUGCAGAAGACCGCUCAGGAGAAAGAGGACAGGUACCAACAGCGCGUUGAUCUGGCUUUGAAGGGAUGUGCACGAGCGGAGAAGGCACUGCAAAUUGCAACAGACGAGUUGGAAAGUGUAACAAAAGAUCUGGUCUUUGCGCGGGAACAGCGGCGAAAAGCGGUAGAAGACCAAAACCAGCAGAAGCAAAGCACGUGGGACCAGAACGUCAAAAAGGCGGCAGAGGACGUCGACAAGGCCAAAAAGGACGUCGACAAGGCCAAGGAGGACUUCCACAAGGCCGAAGAAAGGCUCAAGGAGGAAGAAGCAAAGGUUUCAGCAGCACCAGCGCAGGCCGCGGGAG